UGUUUUCCUUCCUGUUAUUAUUGUCGCGGAAUACGAGUGAAGUGAUUGAUUUAUAAUAACUAGAAAGAUCCGUUUCGUUUAUUUCUACCUUCGACAUUGGAUCGUAGAAUAGGACACUGCGAUAGAAACCAAUGGAUAAAGCAGCCAACAAAGCGGAGAACACCUCCACGGAUUAUGGAGUACUGCAUGGCGAUAUCGCGUUCAUUCGCAAAAAUGAACAACUCCUGUUGGAUAUUCAAAACAUUCAGCACAACAUUAAUGUAGCCAAGAAGGAAUAUGAAAACUACAACCAUUUAACACUAGAAGAAUCAACCCGUUUCGACGGCCACCUUACUUACUGCGUAAAUUCCCUAUUUUGGAUGGCACAGAAACUAUCCGGAAAUACUAACAUGAUGCUAACCACCAAACAAAAUCUACAACGGGUGCAAUCUACAUUAUCUCGAACAAAUGAAGUUCACGAAAACAUCUACUGCAGACCCAGAAUUCAUCAACCGGCGGCUAAACGUUUCAUUCGCGCUGGUAUUAACGUUCCAAAACACAAGACAGUACCGAAGGAGAAUAUGAAAAGCAAAGCUUUAAAAGACUUCCAAAAGUCAACGAAAAAGAAUAAUGGCGACAACCGAAAGCAAGAUUAAAAUAAUUGUCGAACACUUAACCAUGGCAAUGAAAAGGCCAGUCACCAACAAAACCAAGGAACAAUAUUUGAUGUCGAUGAUUACUUUGCCGUGCUAAACCUAAGCAGAGUUGCGGCAAAAUUAAUAGUACAAAAUAAAGGGUCACUGAUCAGACAACUGUGGUUUAGACGCAAGGGUGUUGCGAUGGAAAUUAAUUGCCAUUUGUUUUGCGACGUCUCUUCUUACCUUCCCGCUUGCAGUCAUUGGUAAACUACUGAUGAACAUUGCCCCUCCACGAAGUCGUCUGUUUUCGUGGGCCGGUUGUCCACCGGUCACCAUCGCACAAUGAUCGAUUAUUGUUUGCUCAGUU